AUGAAUUUCAGAAGCUUUGAGGAGUUCUGGCCUUUCUACGUGAUGCAACACUCGAAACCAUCGACGAGGCGAUGGCACUUCAUGGGAAUAAUCGCGAGCAUCGCGUGUUUGAUGUGUUCGAUUGUGAUCAGCAAGUGGUUCGUGGCUCUGGUGCCUCUGUUUGGGUACGGGUUCGCGUGGUACAGCCACUUCUUCGUGGAAGGGAAUAUCCCGGCGAGCUUUGGGCAUCCCGUUUGGUCUUUCCUCUGCGAUCUCAAGAUGUUUAGUUUGAUGCUCACAGGAAGCAUGGAGAGAGAGAUGAAGAGACUUGGUAAGAGGCCAUUGUUGCAGCUCUCCUGA